UGUUUGUGUUUGUUUGUUUGUUUGUCUGUCUCUGAGCUUUAGCCUUAAUAAACGUCAUCCAGCUGCUUUUAGAAUUGAGCAAAUAUAAUGCAAGACAAAGUUAAGAAAAUAACCACAUCAUCACACGUUUUUCUGAAACUAAAUCUGUAAUAUAUUCUCCAAAACACAGCCGAAAGCAAACCGGAACGCGAUUCCACGGUCAUGUAAACCUACCUACACGGAAGCAUUUUAAGGUGGCACCGGAGAGUGCGGGCAAAUAACGCAGCAAGUAUGAAUGAAAAAUAUAAACGCGAGACGUGCGGUUUCGUGGUGACGUCAUCUACAUGUUAGUUGAUUUUAUUGGUCGUCUAUUACACACGUUAUAUCUAUUAUAGGUAACGGAUCUGAUGUAGCAUGAAGCUGUUUAGUUGAUGUUCUAUUCUUUGUUCAUGGGUUCAGUAGUUUACAUGCAGUUCUUUGAAACCACCUUCAUCUAUUAUUACUCCUUUGUGUUUGUAAGAGCUUUAUUUCUAGCUCAAAUGUGAAAUCUGCUCCAAAUUCUAACUUUAUAGAUCAAACUAGUAACUGCUGCCAAAGGACGAUACGAGUACAACAGUAAAAUGUCUGCAUUUUGCACAAAGCUUCUUUCCCAAAGUCUCAGGUGUAGCAUUCACAGAGUCUCGGUGUCUGUGCGAUUCGUCCCGUACAGAAUCUUCUUUGUCAAGAAGAGCCAUCAUGUUCUUUCUCGAAUACCCAAAGUUGGAUUGUUAUGUUGGGGGGCAGGUGGAAUGGCGUACGCUUCAGCACAAGAGGCAGUGAUUCCUCAGAGAACUACAGAGAAAAAGUCUCUGGCCAAAGUGCAGGUCCACAGACUGAUAUUUGUGUUGAGGCUGGGCAUCCGUGCCUUGGUCCUCCUGCUGAAAUUCAGCCCUCUUUUGCUGCUCUACCCACUUAGUCUGCUCUCCCAACACUGGACCACAUGCUGGAUAGACGCCCUUCUCUGGGUCACUGAGACAUCUGGUCCAACGUUUAUCAAACUUGGCCAGUGGGCCAGCACGCGACGAGACAUCUUCUCCCAGGAGUUCUGCGACCGCUUUUCCCGGCUCCACGUCAGGGUGCAUCCUCAUUCAUGGAAUCACACUAAGCAGUGUCUGAAGCGGGCCUUCGGGGAAGGAUGGAGGCAGCUCUUUGUCUUUGAUAGUAAGGAGCCUGUUGGCUCAGGAUGUGUGGCGCAGGUGUAUCGGGCCAAGGCUCGAGUCGCAAGUGUGAAAGACCCGGCGUUCAAGCAGCUGGUAGAGGGACUUGAAAAGGAGGACCUGCUGGAAGCCUGGGAGGUUCCAGGCUUUGGAGACAUUUUGGGAUAUUUCUGGGGGUCAGAAAAAGGAGAUGUGGAGAUGUCCGAGAACGUAGACGGAGGUUCUGCUGAGGUUCCACAUGCAGAGGUUAAGGGGCUAAUACCAGUGGCAAUUAAGGUGCUUCAUCCUGGCAUCAGGAGACAGGUUCAGAUAGACCUGAUUCUGAUGAAGGUAGGCAGCGUGCUCAUCAGCUGUUUACCAGGCAUCAAGUGGCUCAGUCUACCCGAAGUGGUUGAUGAAUUUGAGAAGCUCAUGACUAAACAGAUAGACCUUCGUUUUGAAGCAAGGAACAUGGAGAAGUUCAAGAACAACUUCAAGGACUUGGAAUAUGUCAAGUUUUCAACACCACUAAGACCUUUUGUCACAAGGUCUGUCCUGGUUGAAACGUAUGAGGAGAGUGAACCCAUUUCAAACUACCUUAGAUCUGAGGUUUCUGUGGCUGUGAAGCAGAGAAUUGCCCGUAUGGGGGUGGACACGCUGCUGAAAAUGGUGUUUGUGGAUAACUUUGUCCACGGAGAUCUUCAUCCAGGGAACAUCCUGGUUCAGGCGGAUCAGGGAGUCUCGGCCCGGGACAAAGCCACGCUGACGGAUCUGUGGGACACGGUGGUGGUCAGCAUGAGACCUUCACCUCCUCCAUUACAGCUGGUGCUGCUGGACACCGGAAUUGUCGCCCAGCUGAGCGAGGGAGAUCUGCGUAACCUGAGAGCUGUCUUUACAGCCGUCGUGCUCCAGCAGGGGGAGCGUGUAGCAGAGCUCAUUCUAAACCAUGCCAGAGCCAAUGAGUGCCAGGAUGUGCCACGUUUCAAAAAGGAAAUGGCUGAGCUGGUGAACCUCGCUGUCAGAGACAAACUGUCUCUUGGGAAGAUUCAGGUGUCAGAACUGUUGUCACGAGUAUUCGGAUUGCUAAUCCACCACAAGGUGAAGCUAGAGAGCAACUUCGCCUCCAUUGUGUUUGCCAUCAUGGUACUGGAAGGCUUGGGCAGGUCACUGGACCCAAACUUGGAUCUGCUGGAGAUCGCAAAACCUCUGCUGUUAAAAAACUGCACCUCUUUUCUUUCCUGAGCCACACACAUACCCCACAACACUGGUCCAAUGUAGCUUCUAGUAAACAAUCUGCUUCUGGCCAUUUAUAAGAUCAGACUUAACUGAAUAUUUUCUGCAGUUAUUCCUUUAGCAGGAGUGAAGUAUCAUAUCUACAGUCUCUGUGAGGAAAACUUUGGUUUUAAUGACCAAUCUUUAUAAAUCAGGACAUACCUCAUAUACCCCAAUAAUUAACCUGUUAUUAAGAGUAAUUGUUAGAGGUUUUAGUCAUACACAGAUUGCAUCACUCAUUUAAUUAUCGACAGAAAUCCUCGUUGUUUUGCCUGCUUGUAUACACUGCAAGCACAAAUGUCAAAUCUUUGUAAAUUCUAUUAACUGAAUGCAUCACAGGUCAGAAAACCUGAGCCAGAACAGUGAUGAUGGCCGGAAACAUGCAUAGAAAUAUUCAUUAUCAUUAUUUCUAUAAAUAAAUUGUAUAGAAAUAUAAAGUGUUUUUAUUUUGUAAUCCAUACCUUGUGUGUUUCCUUUAAAUCGAAAUAAAAUAUUGAGGUUCCAUGCUUUACUGAUCAUUUGACUGAUACCUGCUUAUAUAAUAGAUAACCUCAGGGUUAUUUAUUUAUUUAUUUAUUUAUUUAUUUUGUCCAAUUAAAUUUUGUUGUUAUUUAAAUGAAUUUUUUAAUGUUCUGGUCUAAAAAUUAUACUACCUAGGAGAUUGUAAAUGAGGAUGAGGUUCCCUUCUGAAUCUGGUACCUAUCAAGGCUUGUACCUCAUAUAUCAUAUGUAUAUCAUAUAUAUGUAUAUUAUAUAUCAUAUAUUAUCUCAGGGAGUUUUUACUUGCCGCUAUCGCCUCCAGCUUGCUCAAUAGGGGUAGGGAUAUUGUCAUUUUUGUGUUAAACCAGUUCUCUGUGUGAAAAAUAACGCCUGUGUUGCUUCAAUCAGAGAUUUUACAUGAAGUGAGACCUGAAAUAAAGCAUAAUGUGGCACAAAU